AUGAUCAGAAUUAAGUUAUUGUUAGACUCAACUGAAAUUAAUAUAAAGGUUAAUCCAAGUGACACUAUUAGAAAAGGAAUUGAACAUGUAUUUAAUAAAAAUCAUUUAUUAUUGAGUCAAUAUAUAUUGUUUUAUAAUGGAGUUGUUCUGUCUUUAAAACUAUCAUUUGAAGACAUUGGAAUUGGUGAUGGAGAUACAUUAGACUGCUCUCAAAAACCAAUCAACAAUUAUUCACCACCCAUUUCUACAGUUCUUAUGACCUCAACAAAUUCAUAUUAUACUCAAAAUAACUUUAUAUUUAAUCCACAUUUUCUAUUUUAG